AUUCAUCUUUCCUAAGAAAGAUAAUUGUAUCGCAGCUGACGCAUUUGAAACGCGAGAGGCAUAUAAGUAACUAAUCUAUAGGCAAGCUAAUCAAUACUCCAUAUAGUCUGAUAAAGUAAAAGUUUUCCCUACAAUUCAAAAACACCGGCCAUUUUAGUUUCUAGAAUCUACUAUCCAUGCUUUUGUUAACGUUUGUCUUUUAUUACUGACGCAGGGUCUUUUCAACAGUUAUUUCCACAUUUGGGGCAUCGUAAAAAAAACAAUUGUAGAUUAGUUUGAACCUUCUUUAUAGACGUAUAAUCGGGUUUACUGAACGUAUUCCCAUGGUGUGCCGUCAGAUGGCUAUUCGUGUUCCCUGUUGCAUACGUCAGUGAUAGUCAGUGAACAUACGCGUGGCGUUGAAAGAGUCCUGUGAGAUUAGGAUGAACUAAAUAUCUGUGUUUGACCCCUAAUUACUCAACAUAGUGCUACAAGUAGUGAAUUAAAUGAAUAAAUAAAACUAAUCUGAAUGAAAGUAAUUGAAGACAAAAGCAUCUAAUGCCUGUGCUGUUUAAAAAUGAUGCCUCUACAACAUGACAUUGCCUGUUGCACUUUAGUUUUUUUGAUCAUCAAUCUUGUCAAUGCCAACUUCCAAAAUUAUCUGAAUCAGCAGCACAGACCCUUGCAUUUACCUGACAAGAGAUUUGGUUUCAACGAGUAUUCAGAAUAUAGUGACACCGGUGAGAGAGACAAGGGAUCAUUACCGCCACAAUGGAAUCAAGAACCAUACAUCUAUGAUAAUGAGCAUCUAUUACAAGGUGGCACUGAUUCUGUAGUAGAUUUUUCAGAUGCACUUGAUAAAAAUAUAGUAUGGGAUCCUAACUGGGCUAGCAACAUAAGAUUUGGCCAAAUAUCUGCUGUAUCUAUAGAUCCAAAUGGUAACAUAGGAGUGUUUCACAGAGGUUCACGUACCUGGGGUGCUAGUACAUUUAAUGUAAAUAAUAGAUUUGAUCCAAAUAAUGGGCCAAUUAAGGAGAAUACCGUAAUUCUUCUGGAUAAAUCUGGAAAAAAAUUAUUUGAGUGGGGUGGAAACAUGUUUUACUUGCCACAUGGCUUAACAAUUGAUUCAUAUGGAAACUAUUGGAUUACUGAUGUUGCCUUGCAUCAAGUAUUUAAAUUUGAUGCUGAAGACAUAGCAAUGAUGACGAAUGUGGAAAAGUUAAGGAACAGGCGGUACAACCAGGAAAGAAUAUAUCUUAAUAAUCGUAACUUUAACAUUUUGUUCCAAAGUUAUAAUCCUAGGCCAUCACUGAUUCUUGGAGAACCUUUUGAACCUGGUAAUGAUGAAACACGAUUUUGCAAACCAACAGCAGUUGCUGUACAAGAUAACGGCGACUUUUUUGUCAGUGAUGGUUAUUGUAACUUCCGAAUCAUUAAAUUCAAUGCAAAAGGAGAAAGAAUUUUGCAAUGGGGUCGACGUUGGAAAUACACAGGAAGUAUAUACAUGCAAGAUCCUCCACCAAAUAUGUUUUAUGUGCCACAUGCAUUAGCCCUUGCUAGCGAGUUCAAUUUAAUAUUUGUUGCUGACAGAGAAAAUGGUAGAGUUUUAUCGUUCUCUGCAAAUAAUGGAACAUUCCAAAAACAAUAUAAGCAUCCCACAAUUGGUACAAAGAUAUACAGUGUAGCAUACACUAAAGAGAAACUAUAUUUGAUCAAUGGUCCUGAACCACAGAAUUCUGAACCACAGAAUUCUGAACAUAUAAGAGGAUUUAUUCUUGAUGUGCAUUCUGGAGACAUAUUAUCUCAAUUUGGUCCGAAUCAUGACAUGAAUAGGCCACAUGAUAUAGCUGUGACUGAAAAUGGUUCUGAAAUAUAUGUAGUAGAAUUGAACACUCGAACAAUGUAUAAAUUCUCACAAGGUAUAAAUGCAUCUGUGCAAACUGGAAAAUCAGAGAUAAAGUCAAAACCUCGUCAUGAACCGGCACCGUUAACGGACAGUAACGCAAACAAUCCUACCAGUGGAGGUACUACAACAGCAACAUUAGUCUUAUCCCUUGUUACAGCAGCAGUCAUUUUUAUUGCCCUCUGUGUAGCAAUUGCUGCAGUUGUAGCAAGAUGUCAGAAAAGAGGAUGUUUAUUAAUGCGAAAAAGAAUGCGCUGGGAAGCAGAGAGACGAGAAAACUUUAAGCUGUCGAGUCUCCUGGAGGGCAGAAGGGGCAAAGGCUUCAAGAUAUUCGAGAAACGACCGAAUCCGAGAGACUUUAGUAAACUGAACACGGAACCGGAAACCUCGGAGGACGAGCACCCGGAAAACAGCCUCGCGAGGGUUAUUUAAUUCGAAAGCGUUACAUGUUAAGUUUAUUUACCGUUUGACUUGAUGCUCCCUGUUGCAUGCAGAUUCAAACCUGGGAUGUUACAUCGUACUCUGAUUACGGGAUUCGCCGAUAAACACCUCACAACUUGUUGCCUUCCGACGCGAGAACACUCGAGCAUCACUCGUUCAGUUAAGUAUACACGACUACUUCAAUUAAAUCGAAUCAAUAUAUUUAUACUGUUCGGAAAACUUUGUAACAACCGAACGAAAAAGCACUGAUGUUACCGGUUCCAAUUUCGCCGUUGAGUGGCACGAAUUCGCGCCGAUGGGCAGCUAGCCGAGUUCACCCGACUAUGGCCGAACGUGGACGAGCGCGCUAUUUGAAUCUGCUGCUGUAAACGCUCGCGCGAUUAAAGUAUAAUCACUUCGAGUUUACAUGAAAUACAUUUCCUAUUGUACAUUUUGAACGAUAUCUGAAUCUGACGAAGUAUUAAAACACGUUUUCCUCGCUGUUGAGAGAUGAGAUAUAUGGACUAAGAUGUUUGUGUGUAUUUUAAAAUAAUAUUUGAAAUCGAUGCGCACUUGCGGAUGUCCUACCAAUCGAAUAGUAUUUUUGAGAAACUGCCGGUAUUUUCGUGUUAGUUUUUCAUCGACUGUGCUACAUUCUUGGCAAAAAAGAAUAUUCUAUUCCUAAAGUGCUUCAAAUUACAUGCGACGCUAAUCGAUGCUAAAAGUCAGGCAAGAAAAGUUUCUAAGGUUUGACAAGUUCGUUAAGGCAAAAUGAAUGUAUUUAAAUAUUUUGGAAUUACGAGAAAUGAUCUACUUUUCAUUGACAUACUAUCAAUGUAGAUCGAUAGGCGACUUAUGGAACAUGAGGCAGAUUAUCCUAUUUGUUGAAUACAUCAAGUAAGAUUUUAUGAUCAAUAUAUCGAUUGUGUGUUUGAAACUUGCGGGAGUUAAUUCUAAGGAUAUUUCUCUCGAAAUACUAUAACUUACCUGAUAAUAAUGGCCUUGCAAAUGAUACUUGGAAAGUGACCAAACUUGUGCUAUACAUAUUAUCUGUCAAUAUCUAUCUAAAAAUUAUAUUGCAUAAUUAUAUAUAUAUAUAUAUAUUGUGAAACCAUGACAUAUCCCCUUAAAAAUAUAAGGAAAGAACCUAUUAAAUCUAUAUUUCAUCUGAAACACAACUGUGUCGCUGUCGAUAUGUACUGGUUACUUUCUGUUCUAAGCUUUAACUGUACUACUUACAAGCGUGUUCAAUGAAGACAGUAUUUUAAAUAGUACCUGAAGACUAUAUUAUAAUCUCGGAAUGCAUUUAAUUUUGUACACUACAUCUUCGAAGCUUAUUUUCGUUCCUUAAUUAGUUGUUAAGUCUUAAUUUAACAUUUCGACAAUGUACUCUAGUAUAUAAGUGGAAGUACUUAAGUUAUUAGAUCGAAUACUUUGCGAAUACCAUUCUGUACGUUGUCGUAAUAUGAUACAUGUACUCGUGAACAUGGAAAUGUAUAUAUUCAAAUAAAAAAAAAAUGUGUGUUUGUACCACCGUAAGUAUUCAAUCGGGUCGAGUAUGCAACAGG